CCAGAGGUCUUGAGGAGCAAGAGUGGAACACUCGUGUGUCACCAGGAAGCGGGUGUGGGCUGUGAGCAGUUGUAGGCACUAAGACCAGGCUCUGCACUGGGAGUCCCAAGGGGCCACGACACCCCUGUUGCCCUCCAUUGGGUCUCUCCUGGGGGGGGGGUUCCCCUUCUCUGUCAGUCCCUGACUGUAUCUCUGGCACCCCUGCUUCCUGGGCCUUGUCUGGUGUCUGGACCGGGUCUCUCAGCCUUGAUGCUUCGACCCACAUGCCCUCCCCGAAAGAAGCGCCCUAAAACCCUGUGCCAGUAAGGUGGGGAGGGGACUGGCUGCCGCAGCAGUUCCAGCUUCCCUUGGGUCCCCCCUAGAGAGCCAGACAGGUCUAGGUCCUGUAAUCUGGGGGUUCUGGGAGGGCAGGGGCCAGUCUUGCCUGCAUCAUUGCACCAGGUGCCUGGCCCAGAGUUUGCGAAAUGACCAUACUUUUCUCUAGCUGAAGGAUGCACGUGGGUCAGAGCAGUGCAGGGCCCUGGUUCCCCUCAGCUGAAGAAUGUUGGAGAAAGCAGUUGGGUCGGGCCGCCAGCUGGCUGCCAUACUUUGAUUGGGGCUGGGCGGGGACUAGAUAGUCUGCCUCCCAGGCCUACAGGAGGUCUCCCUCAGCGUUUACGGAGAGUGCACCAAGUGGGACAACCUAGGGGCCCCUGCUCCUCGGGCCCGGAGUCCCUCCCUCUGGUGUGUGUAGCACUGACGGCCCGGUCCUCUCUGGGGGGGUCUCUCUCGGUGGUGGUUGGGCCUCUAGGCUACCUCAAGUGUGACAUGGACGAUGCCUCGGAAACCCGUGAGGAGAACCUGGGGGAUGAGGCCUUCGACACGGUCACCUCCUCCAUUGUGUCUGGCGAGAGCAUCCGUUUUUUUGUCAACGUCAACCUGGAGGUGCAGCCCGCCCAGGCUGUACCUGAAGUUAAAGAACUUUGAGGAAGAGGUACGUGCACACCGGGACCUCGACGGCUUCCUGGCACGGGCCAGCAUCAUCCUGAACGAGACGGCUACCUCGCUGGAUGAUGUGCUGCGGGCCAUGCUGUCCCGCUUAGCCCACGACCCCCACAACACCGAGCCCGACUGCAAUUUGCGCCUGUUCAUGGCCAUGCUCUUCACGGAUGCCGGGGCUCCCAUGGAGGGUAAAGCCCACCUGCUGUCAGACACCAUCCAAGGGGUCACUGCCACGGCCACAGGGGUGCAAUACCAGCAGUCCUGGAUCUGCAUCAUCUGUACCUCCAAGGCCCUGCAGAAGCGGCACGUGUGCAUCAGCCGGCUGGUUCGCCCACAGAACUGGGGGGAGAACUCGUGUGAGGUGCGAUUCGUCAUCCUGGUGCUGGCCCCGCCCAAGAUGAAAAGCACCAAGACUGCAGCUGAGGUGGGGCGCACAUUUGCCACCAUGUUCUUGGACAUCACCUUCCGCCAGAAGCUCCUGAACACCCGCACGGAGGAAGAAUUCAAGGAGGCUCUGGUGCAUCAGAGACAGCUGCUCACCAUGGAGAGGCAGCGUUCAUCCAUCGGGACAAAGGGUUACAUGAACUCCAUCAGCAUACACAAAUCCCCACAGCCCCCGAAGCACAAGGACUUUCUCCCUAUGGGGAAGGGCAUCCGGGAGGACAUUGCCCGCAGAUUCCCUGUGUACCCACUGGACUUCACUGACGGCAUUAUCGGCAAAAAUAAGGCUGUGGGCAAAUACAUCACCACCACCCUGUUCCUCUACUUUGCCUGCCUCCUGCCUACCAUCGCUUUUGGGUCCCUCAACGAUGAGAACACCAACGGGGCCAUCGAUGUGCAGAAAACCAUAGCAGGGCAGAGCAUUGGAGGCCUCUUGUACGCACUCUUCUCUGGGCAGCCGCUGGUGGUACUGCUGACCACUGCGCCCCUGGCCCUCUACAUCCAAGUAAUUUCUGGCAUCUGUGAUGACUACGAUCUGGACUUCAACACCUUCUACGCGUGGACGGGCCUGUGGAACAGUUUCUUUCUCGCGCUUUAUUCCCUCUUCAACCUCAGCCUGCUCAUGAGUCUCUUCAAGAGGUCAACAGAAGAGAUCAUUGCCCUGUUCAUUUCCAUCACGUUCAUGCUGGAUGCUGUCAAGGGCAUGGUUAAAAUCUUCCAGAAGUACUACUAUGACAACUUUGGGAACCACCAUGAAGACAACACUUCUACGGUGAGCCUGCUGGGCCUCGGCACCAGCCUCAACACCAGCCUCCACACCGCCCUCAACACCAGCCUCCUGGCAAGCCCCCUGGAGUUGACCUCCGUAAGCGGCCCUGGUACUGAGCACCCGGGCCGGGAGACUGCUGUACUGAGCCUCCUGAUCAUGCUGGGCACGCUGUGGCUGAGCUACACCCUCUACCAGUUCAAGAAGAGCCCCUACCUGCACCCCUACAUGAGGGAGAUCCUGUCAGACUGUGCCUUGCCCAUCUCGGUGCUCACCUUCUCCCUCAUCUGCUCCUACGGCUUCCGGGAAAUUAAAAUGAGCCAGUUCCGCUACAACCCCAGCAAGAGCCUGUUUGAGGUAGCCGAGAUGCACUCCCUGUCCCUGGGCGCCGUCACCAGUGCCAUGGGCCUGGGCUUCCUGCUCUCCUUGCUCUUCUUCAUUGAGCAGAACCUGGUGGCUGCCUUGGCUAAUGCCCCAGAGAACAGGCUGGUGAAGGGCACCGCCUACCACUGGGACCUCCUGCUCAUCGCCAUCAUCAACAGUGGGCUGUCUCUGUUUGGGCUGCCCUGGAUCCAUGCCGCCUACCCCCACUCCCCACUGCACGUGCGGGCAUUGGCCAUGGUGGAGGAGCGUGUGGAGAACGGGCACAUUUACGAGACGAUCGUGAAUGUGAAGGAGACACGGCUGACUACGCUGGGUGCCAGCAUCCUGGUGGGCUUCUCCCUCCUGCUGCUGCCCUUCCCCCUGCAGUGGAUCCCCAAGCCAGUGCUCUACGGCCUCUUCCUCUACAUCGCGCUCACCUCCAUUGACGGCAACCAGCUCUUUGAGCGCGUGGCCCUGCUGCUCAAGGACCAGACCUCGUACCCGCCCACCCACUACAUCCGGAGGGUGCCCCAGCGGAAGAUCCACUACUUCACGGGCCUGCAGGUCAUGCAGCUGCUGCUGCUCUGUGCCUUUGGCAUGAGCAACCUGCCCUACAUGAAGAUGAUCUUCCCCCUCAUCAUGAUCGUCAUGAUCCCCAUCCGCUACAACCUGCUGCCCCGAAUCAUUGAAGCCAAGUACCUGGACGUCAUGGAUGCUGAACACUGAGGCCCUGGCCGUGUCCCAUUCACCUGUCCCUUUGGCUCUUCCCAGGCUGACUGUAGCCAUGUGGGGAGAGGUACGGGUGUCUUUUGGGGUGUUCCUGUGUGCUGCACUCCCUCCCAGCUGUCCCAACAGGCCUAGGACAUCUGGGCAUCAAGGUGGGGGGGGGGGGUCCGUGGCGUGUGCCCAUCCCUGUCCCCAUUAGCCUUUCGCUUGGGUCAGUAACACUGCUCAGGACAACUUCUGCCCAGAGUGGAACUAAAGCCGGAUUUUCUUUUGAUAAAAGAGUCAGAUGUCUGAAAGAGAAACCAUUUCCUUGAUUGUAUAAGGAAUUUGCUGUGUGCACAUUAGAGAAUAAAGCUCCCGUUUCUACGCUUCCA